GUUAAAAUACAUAUUUCAUCAAAUUAAUAGAUUAAAUAAAAAGUGGAUUUUGAAAGUCGUAAAAUAAAAACCCGAAUAUGCCGGAGCUUUUACUGAAAUGGUCCCUAAAGUUUCUUUUAAAAAAUAAAUAAAUAAAAAUAGGCAGACUACUGUUCUAUUUAGCUUAAUUUAAUAGCAUGUGGCAUGUAAUAUGUUUUAUAUUAUAAUGAGUGUAAAAGUAUGUGCAUCGAUUAGCUUUCCACUUUUUAAAAAUCCUCCAGAAAUGCGUUAAGGUAUUCAUAUUCAUAAAUCCUCACACAUUAUAAAUUGCACGUCAAAACACGUGUUGCAAAUAAAAGUCAAUGUACUAUUUCCCAUUUAUUUGAAUGAAUUUUACUAUCACUUUAAGUUGUGUUUAGUUUGGAUUUGGUCUGGGAGGAGUUUCGGCUGCUCAAUAUUAAUUAGGAAUUGGGAGGCUACUUUGGGGGACCCGCUGGGCUUCACGGUAUAAAAAGAAGCCUCGGGAUACUUUGAGACAAGAGAAAUUAACAGCCUUACAGAAGAGAUCAGCUGGCCAAAGUAUUGCGUCUGCAAAAUAACAAGAUUUAAUUCCUGCUACAAGGGGAGUGCUCUGGUGAAGCUGUUGCUGUAUGAUUAUGGAAUUCCUGAAUGAGAAAUUUUCCAUGAAAAGCCAUUCAGUUAAAAGCAAUGAUUUCUAUAUGGGUUCAGGAGGCACUUUGGAGCCCGUUAUGGAAAGUUUAGACAGCGUACCCUUUUAUAACAAGACCUCACCCAAGUGCGUGCAGGCCUAUAAUCUUCAAAGUAAUGAUCAUCAAGGAAGACUGGAACGAGAAUCACCAUGUGAGGACCAAAACGCAAGUUAUGGAGUUACGAAAUCAGACGGGAACAGUCUCCACACAGAACUCGGCAGGUCCAUGGACAAUUGUUGCAGCUUGAAAGUGUCACCAGCAACACCUGGAGGACAAGACAAAGUAGACCUGGACGACAUGAGUGAAAAGUGUGACAGCAACGUGUCGAGCAGCAAGAAGAGGAGACACAGGACAACAUUCACCAGCAUACAGCUGGAAGAACUGGAGAAAGUGUUUCAGAAAACCCACUAUCCAGACGUGUACGUGAGGGAGCAGUUAGCGAUGAGGACAGAACUUACCGAAGCUAGAGUGCAGGUCUGGUUUCAAAACAGAAGAGCCAAAUGGAGGAAAAGAGAACGCUAUGGCCAGAGCCAGCAGGCAAAAAGUCACUUUGCGGCUACGUACGAUAUAUCAGUUUUGCCGAGGGCAGACAGUUAUUCACAGAUUCAGAACAAUUUAUGGACUGCGCCUCCUUCAAGUGGUUCGGUGGUUUCUUCGUGCAUGAUCCCACGCGAUACCGCCCCGUGCAUGACGUCAUAUCCUCAUUCACCACGAAGUGAUCAUGGAUACGUUGGUUUCACCAGCCAGCAAAACCAGUUCAGCCACGUCUCCAUCAAUAACUUUUUCACUGACUCUUUACUCACGGCGACUCCAAAUGGACAUGCUUUUGAAACAAAACCGGAGUUUGAACGGAGGUCGUCUAGCAUUGCUGUUCUUCGAAUGAAAGCAAAGGAGCACACUGCUAACAUUUCAUGGGCUAUGUAGUAGUAGUAGUAAUAAUAAUAAUAAUAAUAAUAAUAAUAAUAAUAAUAAUAAUAAUAAUAAUGCGAGGUGUUCACUUAUCAGUUUAAUAAAACCAACUGCUGUAUUGUGGAUUAUACAAUGAAAACAUAUCAAGGGCAUCAGUAAGAAACGUUUAUUUCUAUUUGGAGGGGUGGGUGUUGGGGUAGGUUCCUCUAAUAUGCAUUUUUAAAAGCUAUAACAUGUUAUAUCAUGUUUCAGAGCAGAUACCAGAAGGUAAUCAACACUCAACAUCAGAUAAAACCUUUGUGAAUCAUUUGAAUGGAUAUGCAGGUUCUGAUAGGAAUCCAAGACCACAGAUGUUCCUGUGAUAAAAGCAUUGCUUGUAUACUUGCUGAUCAAUACAUUACAUCAAACAAAGUCAUAAGGUACUGUACCAAGCUCAGGUCUUUUUGGUAAUAAACAAACAAAUACAAAUAUUUUUUAAGGUGAACUGGGCUUUAAUGGCAUCUAAAUACAUGUUCUUUAAGUUCAGGACUUACUGCUAAUUCUGAAUGUGUAACUAAUUAUGUGUGCCUUGUAGCAAACUCCCUUUCCCCAUAACAUCCCCUUUCUGGUUUUGUGGAUUGUUUGCCAAUUUCUACAUUGUUUUAGCACACAAAAUACGUCUUUUUUAUUUUAUUUUUUAUAAAUAACAAUAAAAAACUAUGAUACAUCUUGCA